AUGGGCACAGUUGUCCUCAGCGACGCCCCAACGACCUUCACUCCCGUGGCUCCGGCCCUCUCUCUUCUCGGCGAGCUGCCUGUGCAGGCCAGCGGCGGUCCCUGCGCCGCGAGCUGCUCGCGCACCGCUGCAAGCCUCUCCGAGCUUGCGUCUGCCGUCCUCACGAUGCAGUCCGCUGAGCACUACGACGAGACGGCGCCCCUCGCCUCGCCAACGGGCGAGAGCAGCCAGAGCGGCGCAAGCACGCCCAGUGCCAGCCGCAUGCUGCAGGCCUCGCGCGACCCAAUGGACCAGGCAGCAGCCGGCGCGCCGCAGCAGGUCCUCAUGAGCCGAGGCAUCAGCGCCGAGAGCUCCUCAUCGCCCUUCGUGACGCCGCCGGGCGGCGAGGCCGUCGACCUUGGCAUUCUUACGCCGCCAGUUCGCCCGGCCACCCCGCCGGCGCCGCGAAGGCACUCCACCGCCUCGUCCGUCGCUUCUUCUGGGCGCCGCUCGCUCUGCGACGGUGUCGCUGCUCUGGCGUCCCACAUCCUGUCGGUGCGAACGAGCCCCGAGCAGCUCGCGCGCGCUGCCACUCCACCGAUCCUGGCACGGCGGCGGUCACGAGAAGCGGACGUGGCUUCCUCCAGCUCCGGACGGUCACAAUCUAGCGCGAUCGAGCGGUCAGAACGGCGCGGCGGUAAUCGCAGUCUCUCGUUCUCCGAGUCCGAAGAGGUGUCCUCUGCGCUUGGCCUGGCCAACAUGACUGCCGGCUCCGACGACAUGCAGCAGACAAGGCGACGUGCCAACAGCGAGGCGCCGCAGCCGUCUGUGGCGGUGAGCGGCAGCGCGAGCAGCAGCACGCCGGGCGAUCGGUCCGACGCGCCAGAGAUUGGACGCACGCUCUCGACAUCAACGAGCACGACCGACCGCUCGAGCAACGUCAGCUCGCUCGACACGUGCGCCACCUCGACGGGCUCGCUGUCCGACGCCAUGCCGCCGGGCAAGGAGCUGCACAUCGACACCGUCAAUGUGCCGGCGCCGUCCGUGCCUCAGGCGCCGCACUCGCCCGACGGACAGGGCGAGCGGCCGCAUACGACGCCGCAGACGACGCCCGAGCUCCUCUUCCCGCCGGCCGGCAGUCGGCGAACGUCGGACGGCCAGCGCUUCUCGAAGCUGCGCCGCCUCUACGCGCUGCACGAGCUCGUCGAGACGGAGCGGCGCUUCGCCGAGGAUCUGUCCCUCCUGAUGGUCUUCUUCGACAACCUCAGCGACCAGCCGUAUUUCAGCGAGCACCCCGAGCGCGUCGCCACCGUCACGCGCAACGCGCGGCAGAUGCUGCUGCUGCACACCAAGGUCGCCGACAAGCUCGAGGCCAUCCUGCGCGACGCCGGCGUCGACCCAGCCGAUGGCGUGGGCGCAGAUGCUGCAUCCAGCGAGGCGGCCGAGUCCGCUGUCGUGGCCGUGGCGCAGUACUUCACGCAGAUGGGGCCCAGCCUCGCGGCUGAGUUUGCCUUCUUCUGCUCGCGCCACGCCGAGGCGCUCGCCGUCGUGCGCGAGGCCGAGCGGCGGCACGGCGGCGACGACUGGAAGGCGUUCGAGCGGUCGUGCGGCAACAUCCUGCGCGGCCUGUCUCGCGGCAUCCCACGGUCUACGCACUCGCACUCGCGCUCGCACUCGGGCAGCGCCACGCCCGUCUCGGGCUCGCACUUCCUCACGGGCCUCGCACCUCUGACGCAGCUCAGCGGCGGCUUUGACUCUGCGUCGCUCGCGCCGCUCACUCCGUACGGCACGUCUGCGCCCACGACGCCAAUGUCCGAGUCGGCCUCCUCCAGCAUGCUUCGCGAAGGCGCGGCCCGCCUGCUCUUCUCGGACUACUUCGUCAAGCCGAUCCAGCGGCUGUGCCUCUACCCGGUGUGUCUCAACACGCUGCUGAAGCACUCGCCUGAGGACGAGGAUGCACACGCGCCGCUGCUUGCGGCCCUGUCGACGAUGCGCAAGGUCGCCGAGGACGUCGACCGCGCCGGACGCGAGCGCGAGAAGGAUCUGAUGGCUGAGCUCAUCAGCUCGCGCAUCGAGCCGCAGAUGAGCGUCACACCCGCCUUCAUCGGCUCGCUCGGCCACUGCCUGCUUGCAGGCGCGCUCGAUGUGUGCCACCACCACAGCAUCGUCAACCCGCUCAGCGCGCCGCUGCGCUUCAAGUACCAGGCCGUCUUUCUCUACCGCGGCUUCCUGACGAUCGCCAAGGUGCGCAAGCCACACACGUACGAGCCGAAGCACUGGUUCCCGCUGUGGGCUGCUCGUCUUGACGACGCAAGUCUCACGCGAGGAGAGCGGAGCGCGACUGCGAGCAGCAGCGUCCUGCCGCUCUCGUUCCGCAUCAUCUGCCAGGGCGGGCACUACUUCGAGCUGGUUGCGUCCAGUGCGCGCGAGCGCGAAAUCUGGAUCGACCACCUCUCACGCGCCAUUGUCGACGCGCCCCUCACGGCGAACGUCAGCACGGGCUUUCCCUCCAGCCUGGGCUCAGCUUCGCGCCUGGCCAUCGACCUUGGUGACCCCGGCGCGCCGACACCUGAUGAGUACGAUGUGCUCGAUCCGCUCUCCGCCUUCUUUGCCGAGAACGCAGCGUCGCCGACACCCGUGGACAUUACGGUGCGCUACGCGCCCGCCUCGCAGCGCGCCACGGUGGACCGCGCCACCGUCUUCUCCGACGUCAUCUACCAGGUGCGCUCCGGCUCUGCGUUCGGACAGCGCACCGACGUCGACGGGUCCCUGCCAUCGUGGCACAGCGCUACACCCGCGAUUGGCGCUGCCGUCGGAGCCGCGAUGGGCUUUGCGCGCGCCGCGGCGCGCAAGACUGUGUCGCGCCGGAGCAGCGCCAUCCUCCUCAGCGACGAGGAGUUGACGGCGGACGGUCCGCUCGGCGCUGCGGGAGCCGCCCUUGCGGCUGCCGAACUGCGGCUCAACGGCAGCAGUGCAGACGGAGCCACCUGGAAGCAGAAGAUGCGCACCUCGCGCUCGCGCCCGGCACUCUUCGUCUCGCCGUCUUUGCGCGGCAGCGCCGACCAGCUCGUCUCUCAAAGCGCCUCGCCUUCGUCCAUCUUUGGCAAUGCCACGCUGCACGACGAGCCAGUGCAAGCGCUCACCCCGGUCACGCCAUCUUCGCACGUCAGCGAGUCCAACGGGCAGCGUGCAGCAACGCUGCGGCCGACGCAUGCCCGCACCAAGGCGAGCGUCCUGAACAGGCGGAUCUGGCCGUCGUGUCGGCGCUCGCCACGGAGCCCGACUUUGGGCCCGUCCUGA